CGGCUACACUCUAUUUCCAAGGGUGUGAAGAAUUUUCCUUUUCUACGGUGCUUUGCCUGCAAGUUCUCUUUGGAAUAAUUAUCAUCGCUGUGGAGUGCCUGGCUAGAACAUCCUCAUCUGGGUCAGCUAAAAAAAGAAAGCAUGCAGGACGACAGCGUAGAAGCUUCUACUUCCAUAUCUCAGCUUCUAAGAGAGAGCUAUUUAGCUGAAACCAGACAUCGGGGAAAUAACGAGAGAAGCCGAGCAGAGCCUUCCUCCAACCCUUUCCAUUUUGCAAGUCCUUCUGGGGCUGCUGAAGGGGGCGGAGGCCAGGAUGAGCUUCCAGAUCUUUCAGCCUUUCUGAGCCAAGAAGAAUUAGAUGAAAGUGUGAACUUGGCAAGACUGGCCAUCAAUCAUGACCCUUCGGAGCAAGCAGAUGAAGUUCAAUCUAGAAAACAUCUUUCUUUGGACCAGCUGAAACCCUCACCUAAAUCAAAUUUUGAGCCUAACUUCUGCCAGGAUAACCCUCGAAGUCCUACCAGCUCUAAGGAGAGUCCGCAGGAGGUUAAAAGGUCCCAGUACAGUUCUGAAGCCCAGUCUAAAAAGGUAUUCCUAAAUAAAGCAGCCGAUUUCAUUGAAGAGCUAUCCUCUCUUUUCAAAGCCCACAGCUCCAAAAGGAUCAGACCCCGUGCCUGCAAAAACCACAAGAGCAAGUCGGAAUCUCAAAACAAAACGAUGCAGGAAAACAGCUCUGGUUUCUCAGAUCUGUCAGAAAGGCGAGAAAGAUCUUCUGUUCCCAUCCCGAUCCCUUCGGAUACCAGGGAUAACGAAGUCAACCACGCCCUUGAGCGGCAGGAAACCAAGAGGCGAGAAGCCGAGCAGGCUGCCAAUGAGGCGGCCGGUGGGGACAAUACGCCAGGUUCUUCCCCUUCCUCUUUGUACUAUGAAGAACCGCUGGGGCAACCUCCCCGGUUCACUCAAAAGCUACGGAGCAGAGAAGUUCCAGAAGGAACACGAGUACAGUUGGAUUGCAUAGUGGUAGGAAUUCCACCACCUCAAGUCAGGUGGUACUGCGAAGGCAAGGAGCUUGAAAACUCCCCAGAUAUCCACAUUGUCCAGGCAGGAAAUCUACACUCGUUGACUAUUGCUGAAGCCUUUGAAGAGGACACAGGGCGCUAUUCCUGCUUUGCUUCUAAUAUUUAUGGGACAGAUUCCACUUCUGCUGAGAUUUAUAUAGAAGGUGUUUCUUCUUCUGACUCAGAAGGGGACCCUCACAAGGAAGAGAUGAAUCGGUUCCAGAAGCCAAAUGAGGUACCAUCCCCUCCCACUACCUCUGCAGCCAUUCCUCCAGCAGUGCCCCAAGCCCAGAAUUUGAUAACUCAGUCCAGUGUGUCAACCAUUCAACAGUGUCAGAGCCCUACCAACUAUUUGCAAGGACUGGAUGGGAAACCUAUCAUCGCAGCUCCUGUGUUUACAAAGAUGUUACAAAAUUUGUCAGCCUCUGAGGGUCAGCUGGUGGUGUUUGAAUGCAGAGUAAAGGGAGCCCCAUCUCCUAAAGUUGAGUGGUAUCGAGAAGGGACCUUGAUAGAAGAUUCUCCAGAUUUUAGGAUUUUACAGAAAAAACCUCGUUCCAUGGCAGAGCCGGAGGAGAUUUGCACGUUGGUCAUUGCUGAGGUGUUUGCAGAAGACUCUGGAUGCUUCACGUGUACUGCAAGCAACAAAUACGGCACAGUGUCCAGCAUCGCACAGCUAGAUGUGAGAGGAAAUGAAGACCUUGGAAACAAUGGGUCUCUUCACUCGGCCAACUCCACCACAAACUUGGCUGUUCUCGAGCAGCAGCCAUCCCCGCCCAAGCCUGAGCGUCCUUCUGCAGAGCAACACCCCAAGCCCAAACUAGAAGGGGUUCUGGUGAACCACAAUGAGCCCAGAUCCAGCUCCAGGAUCGGGCUCCGUGUGCACUUCAACCUGCCGGAAGAUGACAAAGCAAGUGAAGCCUCCUCCUUGGAGAGCGGAGUGACGGCCACCCCCCAGACCAGGCCCAACUCUUUCCAGGAGAAGUUUAAUGGCCAGGCAACAAAACUCCAGGAGCCUUCCUCACCCAUCAAGGAGCCACCUCCAGUUCUGGCAAAGCCCAAACUUGAUUCCAUUCAGUUACAACAGCUUCACAACCAAGUAUUACUGGAACAGCAACAGUUGCAAAAUCCAUCUCCCUCAUCCCCCAAGGAGUUUCCUUUCCACGUUAGCGUUUCGAACUCCUCUACUGCCCCAGCGGUGACAAUGUCCAGCAAGCCAGGGAAGACUCCAUCAUCCCAGACCUUCAACUUGGCCCGGCCGAAGCAUUUCUUCCCCUCCACAAGCAGCACCCCGGCUACCACCCCGGCAACUCCUUCCAGCUCACCUGUGCUCACCUUGAGCAGCACUCCGCAAACCCUGCAGAGGACAGUGAGCAAAGAGAGCCUCCUAAUCUCUCCGCCCUCCACGCAAGCCAAAUCUCCAAGCAGUGUUUCCAUCCAAACCGAGCCACCCGCUGCAGGUCCCACGGAAUCGACGCACUCAGCGCUCACAUUUUCCAUCCCCAGUGGAAACCAGUUUCAGCCCCGCUGUGUGUCGCCAACUCCCGUCUCUCCCACUGGCCGGAUUCAGAACCCAGUGGCUUUCCUCAGCUCGGUUCUGCCCUCUCUGCCUGCCACCCCGCCCACCAAUGCCAUGGGACUGCCUAAAAGCGCACCGUCCACGCCAUCGCAAGGACUGAUGAAGAAAACCACCAGGUCCUCUCAACCAGUGACUGACGAUUACAUUCGUGAAACUAAGAAUGCAGUGAUGCUCGACUUGGGGAAGAAAGUGAGUUUUGGUGACAUCAGAACAAACCAACAGGAGUACAAAAUUUCAAGCUUUGAGCAGAGGCUGAUGAAUGAAAUAGAGUUUCGUUUGGAACGCACUCCUGUGGAUGAAUCAGAUGAUGAAAUCCAACAUGAUGAGAUCCCCAAGGGCAAGUGUAUUGCCCCCAUCUUUGACAAAAGACUCAAGCACUUCCGAGUCACAGAAGGUUCACCGGUCACAUUCACCUGCAAAAUUGUUGGAAUACCUGUUCCAAAGGUAUACUGGUUCAAAGAUGGGAAGCAGAUUUCUAAAAGGAAUGAGCACUGCAAAAUGAGGAGAGAAGCAGACGGGACAUGUUCUCUACACAUUGAAUCCACUACCAAUGAUGAUGACGGCAACUAUACCAUCAUGGCAGCCAACCCCCAGGGGCGAAUCAGCUGCUCCGGCCACUUGAUGGUCCAGAGUUUGCCCCUUCGCAGCCGCCUAACCCCAGUGGGUCAGUCACACAGGGGAAGGUCCCGACUGCAAGAAAGAGACAAGGAGCCUCUGCAAGAACGCUUUUUCCGACCACAUUUCCUGCAGGCUCCUGGAGACAUGGUCGCUCACGAGGGGCGCCUCUGUCGGCUGGACUGUAAGGUGAGCGGCUUACCGCCCCCGGAGCUGACCUGGCUGCUCAAUGGCCAACCUGUGCUACCAGACGCCUCCCACAAGAUGCUGGUCAGGGAGACAGGAGUCCACUCUCUGCUCAUCGACCCGCUCACCCGACGCGAUGCGGGCACCUACACGUGUGUUGCUACCAACAAAACUGGGCAAAACUCCUUUAGCUUGGAGCUCACUGUAGUAGCCAAAGAGGUCAAGAAAGCACCUGUGAUUCUAGAGAAGCUGCAGAACUGCGGGGUUCCCGAAGGCCACCCGGUGCGACUGGAGUGCCGCGUGAUCGGCAUGCCUCCACCCGUGUUCUACUGGAAGAAAGACAACGAGACCAUCCCUUUCACCAGGGAGAGGGUCAGCAUGCACCAGGACACAACAGGGUACGUCUGCCUCCUCAUUCAGCCAGCCAAAAAGUCAGAUGCUGGCUGGUACACGCUGUCAGCCAAGAAUGAAGCUGGCAUCGUGUCGUGCACUGCCAGGUUGGACAUUUAUGCUCAAUGGCACCAGCAGAUCCCACCGCCCAUGUCCAUCCGGCCCAGUGGCAGUCGCUAUGGCUCUCUCACCAGUAAAGGACUUGACAUUUUUUCUGCCUUUUCCUCCCUGGAAAGCACAGCGGUGUAUUCGUGCUCCUCUCGGAGUGUGGUGGAGAGUGAUGAACUUUAAGACCAUCCUGGGUGCCUGCUGGAAGGGGGAGAGCAGUGCAGGGAGAUGGAGGAGGAGGAGGAGUCAGCAGCAGUAUCCAAGCAACUGGAUUUGAGUGAGUUCCCACCCUGCUGGAC